UAUAUUUUUUUGACGAUCUUUUAGGUUGGCCAGACUUGACCCCUUGCAGUGAUUUUACAAAUUUUCUCUUUUUCCCUUAAUCUCAAAACUGUUUUUUGAUCUAAUUAGACCAUAAAAGUGUAGUUAAAAGAGAAAAAAUGAUCAAGAAUGUCUGAGGUGCAAGAAUGUUUAAUUAUGUACAAGAUAAAAUGAGGUUUAUGUUGGUAAAGGGAUUUUGAGUGUUGAGAGGAAAAAGGGAAAUUUCGUGUCGGACGGUGUACCGAGGGUCGUAAACACUGGACUCGGCUAUGCCCUCGGCAGUUUCCAGUUUCGCCAUGUUUGUUGUCGCUCGACGGUCGCUGGGCUGAAUUCAGAGGGUGGUUUUCUCCUUUUCCUAGGGGGAUCAAAACGGACGAAAAGCCCUCCGCUGGACUUGAAGCUUUCGUGUACCGAGGAGUGAAACGGAAGCAGAGCCGGAGGGAAAUUGUGUCCGUGCGUUCGCCUUUUGAUCCGAAGAUGUUCCCGGAAGGAAGGUCUUAAGAGAGAGAAAAAAAGCCCGUCUAAACCGUCUGUCGCUUUUCGCGACCGAUAAACAUCUCGAGCGACUUUUCUCCUGUUCAAACACCGGCUGAAGGCCCAUCGAGGAGAUGCUCGACAUAUGGUCUCAGGAGGAGAACGACACUUUCUCAUUCGAGGACUCUGACAGGUUCGAGGAGGACUCGCUCUGCAGUUGGAGCACCGAGCCGGAAUCGACCUGCAACAACUGGAGAGGCUGGAAAAGGCCGACCGUCGCCAACACGGUCUACUACGGGAAAAAGGCCUCCAACGACAGUUCAAAAAUAACACCCUUGUGUGAAUUGGCUGCAAGAUGUGUUGCAUCUCACAUUCCAUUUGAGCUUGUCGAACACUUCUACCCGCCGGUGCCAGAGCAGCUCCAGCUUCGGAUCGCAUACUGGAGUUUCCCUGACAAUGAGGAGGACAUCAGGCUUUAUUCCUGUCUGGCCAACUCAAGUGCUGAAGAGUUCCAGCGAGGAGAAAACCUUUUUAAAUCUAGAGCUGUCAAGGAUCCUCUUCAAAUUGGGUUUCACUUAAGUGCGACAGUAUGCAUUCCGGCGGCAUUCAGCCAGAGGGGGCAGUACAACGUUGCAGUCGCAUUCGACAGAAGAAGAAUCACAUCAUGCAAUUGCACUUGUAACUCGAACGCGUACUGGUGUUCGCAUAUUGUUGCAGUAUGCCUUCACCGGAUACACAUGCCGAAUCAGGUUUGCCUAAGGGCACCUGUAAGCGAGUCGCUUUCACGACUUCAUAGAGACCAGUUGCAGAAAUUCGCACAGUACUUAAUAAGUGAACUUCCACAACAGAUACUUCCCACAGCCCAGCGUAUUUUAGACGAACUGUUAUCUUCUCAACCUUCAGCUAUAAAUUCUGUUUGUGGAGCUCCUGACCCAACUGCAGGUGCUUCUGUCAAUGAACAAACAUCAUGGUAUCUAGACGAAAAAACUCUCCACGAUAACAUCAAAAAAAUUCUCAUCAAAUUUUGUGUCCCGUCGCCAAUAGUUUUCAGUGAUGUCAAUUAUUUAGGUACGACAGCUCCACCGGCGGCGUCCGAAUGGACAAGCCUGCUUCGACCGUUGAGAGGAAGAGAACCAGAAGGGAUGUGGAAUCUAUUGUCCAUUGUCAGGGAAAUGUAUAAAAGAAGCGACAGGAACGCCCUUCCUCUUCUUCAGAUCAUAACCGAUGAAUGUCUUGCUUGUGACCAGAUUAUGAUUUCAUGGUUUAACACAAAAGUGGCUCUUCAUAUUGGGGUAUCAGGAGGGGGAAAACAUAGCAGCCUGAACAGCUCGGUGACGCAGCAUGCCUGCGCCUCUCUCUGCGAUGAGGUCGUCGUUCUUUGGACGCUGGCCGCCCUCAACCCCGCCCUUUCACCUCAGGAACGUCAGCUAUUCAAGAACCAGUUCAACGAGUGGCACAUGAAGAUAAUCGAGAAAGUCGAAAAGAACCGAGCGAUGCACCCCACUUCGUGCAUACAAACAGAACGCAGUUCAAGGAAUUUGGCAACUUGCAUAGAGGUCUUUCCUGGGUUCAAGCCGGCUAUCGCAGCUUGCCAGCUAGACUGGGAGGACUACCCGAUUCCCGGCGUCACCUACCAGGGCGGAGCGGCGAUCUGGCUCACCCAGCCGAUCACCUGCUUUAAGAAUACAGAUUCAAAAUCUGCUAAUCCAGUCAAUCCGGUCUGCUCAUCUCAGGCCGUCCUCGCGCCACACAUGAUUGUUGACUGGUCUCACAUACACACAAGAAAUUGGAGAAUGGAUCAGAAACAACUACAAUUUGGAAUCCAUCCUUCUCAAGAUGGAUUAGGAAUUAGCAUUAGCUGUUCUGCUUCUGGAAAUAGAUCUUCAGUAUCGAGUGAGGGUUUCUGUGAAAAUGAGCACGAUCAGCCCAAUGCAGAAGAAGACUCCCAAGAAGGAGAACCAGAUUUCGUUUCAGGCGGCAGUGAAUCUUCGAGUUGUUGUGAAGGCGCUCAAGCUUUGAAGCACUCUUCUGCUUCCGAGAGUCCUUCUUGCGACGAGUCCGAUCCCGGAAAGACAGAGGCGGCCCCUGUGCCCGAACCGGAGCCGAGAAGGCUCUCGAAAGACGAUUCGCUCUCCUCGUCCAACUCCGAUUCCCAACAGUCUUCUGAUGAGUACAUCGUCUAUUACUACGACCCAAAGUCUUUGGACAAAGAAGGGAUGAAGAAUGAGAAAAAAGAGAGCCAACAGGAAAGAGCCCUGCCGAAUGUGACAGGCUUGAAAGACCCAUGGGAAGUUCUUUUCGCGAGGGCUGAAGGCCUCCACGCACAUGGGCAUAAUCGCGAAGCUUGUAUUCUCGGGGUCAAACUAGCCGAGGAACUUCUGGCAAAUCCUCCAAACCUCAUGGUCGAUCUACCACCUUUUCCUCUAAAGGGAAAAAGAAAGAAACAAAUAAAUCCAGCUUCACAUCAGAUUAGCAUCCUGGCCUCAAACACACUCUUGAAGUGCUGCUUUCUUUGCACUGUCUUGGCGGAAAAUCCUGAACACUACCACUUGGCAUUCAGGGUCGGCCUUUUUGGACUCGAAAUGGCACGCCCUCCGGCGACGACAAAGCCACUCGAAGUCAAAUUGUUUAAUCAAGAAUCAGAGUUAGUCAAUUUGUUAAAAAGGAUACCACUGGGUGAAAACGAAAUGACAAUUAUAAGGCAGAAAGCUAAAAUGCUUUGGGAAGGCACGCUGACAACACGUGGCGAGGCUCUUCUACCUAUAAUGCUUGCUAGUUAUCUUCUUGAUGCCUUAGCAAUGCCUGGAGGGCGUGAAUCAAAAUGUCAGCUUUUACAUCCACAAGUGAGAUCGAAAUCAGACGAGUCUCUAGGAUUUGAAGCAGCGACCGCAGCGCUUGGCCUUAAGGCCAAUAUUUCUGAAGCUGACCAUCCUCUUUUAUGUGAAGGGACAAGGCGACAAAGAGGAGAAUUGGCGAUCACACUAUUAGUCCAUUAUAAAGACCAUCCAUCACGAGUCGUUCGUAUCAUGGAGAAGCUCAUGGACCGGGAGGUGCACCAGUUGACUAAAGCACCACUCUCCACUGCGUACUACUCUUCUCAUCCUCCUGUUAGGAGUGCAUCGUCCACCUGGUUCGACAUGAACAAUGAAUUUGAGCAUCCGACAAUGGAUGUUCCUUCGCUUUUGUCCGAUGGAAGUAAUAUCAGCUUGGUAACAAGGACUCUGGCUGGUCCUGCAGACCUUAACGACCAAUGUAUUCCGUCUAUUCCAAUUUCAAUUCCUCACGUUCCUCCCCAACCUUCGACGUCAAACAUUCCACCCAACCAAAUGAGGACAAAAGAAUGCAAUAACACUUACAGAUUCAAGAGUAAAAGACCUUAUCCAUCGAUUCCGAAUCAGCCGUCGGAGUCGAGCGCACACUUUAUGUUCGAGCUGGCGAAAACAGUGCUGCAGAAGGCGGGUGGUAGCAGUUCGACGUCCUUGUUUACACAAGCUUCGACAAACCAAAGCCACCACGGACCCCAUCGUGCACUCCACAUGUGUGCCUUCCAACUUGGUCUGUACGCAGUUGGCCUUCACAAUUGUGUGAGCCCCAAUUGGCUCAGUCGAACUUAUUCGUCCCAUGUAUCUUGGAUUACUGGACAAGCGAUGGAGAUCGGUGCGCCUGCAAUCUCCUUUUUGCAGGACACUUGGGAGAACCAUUUGACACCCCCUGAAGCUGCUAGCAUGGCCGAUAAGGCAUCAAGAGGUUGCGAUAGGAAUAUGGUGCGGGCCGCCGCCGAGUUGGCACUUUCUUGUUUGCCUCAUGCCGCAGCACUCAAUCCGAAUGAGAUUCAACGAGCUAUUUGCCAGUGUAAGGAACAGUCAGAUAGGAUGCUGGAACAAUCUUGUCUUACUGUUGAAAAUGCUGCAAAAGGUGGUGGAGUCUAUCCAGAUGUGUUAUUCCAAGUAGCUAGAUUUUGGUCUGAACUCUAUAUCAAGUAUUCACCACAAGGGGAAGAAGCAUCCCUUGAGAAGCCGACAUUUCCAGUUGACCCAUUGAAUUAUUUGCCGCCUGCCAUUUGGGUGGAGCAGCCGCAGCAGGCAACUACAAUUCAAACGACGCCAACUCAGGCACCGCCACCCCCUCCACCUACCCAGUAUGUAGGGCCGCCGAUUUCCGUUCCUCUUACGAUUUUCACUCUCCCAAGAGGCUACCAGAGGGCGAGAACCACACCGACAGGCCAUCCGCAGAUCCUACCGACCCAGAUGUACCAUUUGUCAACACCGCCUAUGUACUUUUCCACGCCACCGCCUCCAGGAAACCCUUGGCCAGUGCAGUUCGUUUGUCAGGUCACGACCACAACUACUCCGCAGCAGGCGACAAUUGGACAACCCCAGGCUCUGGCUCCUGUGAUGCAACAGCCUCUCGUAGCGGUGCCUACUGUGCCGGCUCCUGUCAGACCUACCCAACAACAACACUCAUCAAAGCAGGUAAAGUAUCUGUUAGCAGCUUACAGGGUUGGGAUGUUAGCUAUGGAAACGAUAGCGAGACGAGUCCACGAUGAGCGUCCGAACACGAAAUACGCUCGUAAUCCGCCCUAUGGCGAUGAUGUCAAAUGGUUGCUUCGGAUCGCGGAAAAGCUCGGCACCCAGUAUCUCCAGCAGUUCUGCGUCGGCGCCGUCAAUAGUAUCGUCUCCCCUUUUAUACUCCACGAAGUUGCCAUAGAAGCGGCGCAUUACUUAGGACGAAGCAACCCCAACUUGGUACUUCAACAUCUGCGUAGCUCUCUCACACCUCUCAUACAGAAAUGCCAGCAGAUGUAUAUUCAAUGCUUGCAUACAAAACUUUAUCACCUUUCACCGAAUGAACAUGAAGAGUUCAUAGGUGUUGUUCUUGCUGCUAGGUCAGCAUUUCAAGUUACUCCUGAGGGCUCCCAGAUGUUUAAAGAUUGGCUUCAGACUAUUAGAAGGUCAAAGUCUUGCAAAAAGGACUUGUGGACUCAACUUAGCUUGAUACUACUUCCGCCGAAUGGAAAGUGACACAGGGUGGAUGGAAGGAGUUUAUGGCCCCAAUAAGUGGACAUCAUCAUCUCAACGUAACAUCACACUAAUCAAUUCACUCUCUCCCUCUCCCCUUCGCCUCCCUAAAAUUGGAAUAAUUUAUAUUUAUACGGGAUUUUUAAGUGUUGUUAAGCACAAGACUUUGCUGUUUUGAAAUGGUGCACAAGUCUUCUCACAAAUGUUAGACAUUUUUUUUUUCGUCUGAUACAAUUCUCUGUAUUUUACGGUUAAACCGGAUAUGCAAUUCAAUUGAUUCAUUUGCAGAGAUUCUUUUUAAGAUUCUUUUUUAUUUUAUUUUUAUUUUUUUUAUUUCUAUUGA